AACAACAAAAUCAGCCACAAUUCUUCAUCCUUAUAUAUGUAUGUAUGUAUGUAUGUGUUAACAACAACAUCAAUACUACAUAAACAGGAGCAGCGAUAACAACAACAGCAGCAAAUACAGCAAGAACACAAAUCGAAGCUAAAGUUUCCACUAUGAUUGCCACAACUGAGGUGGAUUCCGCAAAAUAUUCGUGGUCACGACAUUUGAAUAUGGCCACACAAACGCCACCUGCACGGCGUCAUCAGCCAUGCAUGCAAGUGGAUAGCGCUGAAGAUGGCGACGAUGAUGAUGAUGAUGAUGACGAUGACGAUGAUGAUGAAGAUGAAGCAGUUGACAGCAAUGACAAGAAUAAUGAAAAUGACAAUUUGAUUGAGUCGGAUGCAGAUGGCGAAGCUGCUGCUGCUGCUGCUCAAAUUGGUGGUAAUAUUAGUGGUGCUGGGGUGGCUGAUGGUGGUUGCUGUAAGCCACAUGCUUCCACUUCAGAUGCUGCUAAGGCCAAUGAUCGGCAUGCUGAUCGGGCAGCUAAAUUAUCGUCUAUUUGAAAACUCGCCAAUACCUAUUUCAGGCUCAUGUGCACCUAACAUAUGCAUUUGUACAUUUUGGUACAUAUAAACAGAUGUAUAUACUUUCCAUUCAGUGUAUUAGGGACUUUCGGGAUCCAAGUAUUUAGCUAGCUGUCACAUGAUUUUAAAGCUCAAACAGUGUAAUAUAAGUAAAACUUCACACACACACCCACACUCGCCAAUAAACGCAUACACUAAGAGCAGAACUCAAGAAAGUUGGAAUAGCUUAGUGCUUAUGUGCGCUGCUUUUGAUGCAGCGUUGCCUUGAAACUCUAAUAAAAUUUUUGAGAGGAAGUUAUGUUGACUAGCUUUGUAAAAUUUUUAAUUUUCUUUUAUUUCACCAUAUGAGUAGCACCAUUUAAUUGAAACUACUUAUGAAAGAAAUAAUUGGGCAUAGAGUUUUGUUUUCAUUAAAUUAUUAAAAGCCCCAAAAAACUUUUAUUUUUGAAAUGGGCUUUUUACAUAAAGACCGGGUAAUUUAUUUUUGGAAACAACAUACAUUUAUGACAUUUUCGACCGAAGUUUCCAGAAUCAAGUGCAGCAUAUACAUAUGAGCAAACCUCACGAGUUGUUACAUUUUUCGACAAAAACUUGUUUUUGGCCGAAAGUGGUGGUACACCUAUCUUAUCAGUUUUGUA